GCGGCCUGAAGAAAGUGGAAGUGCGCUCGCCGCCCGCCGCUCCUCCCGGAGACCAGUUCUGGCCAUGCCGUGACCCCGCUCCUCCGCUGCCAUGAACAGGGCGCCUCUGAAGCGCUCCCGGAUCCUGCACAUGGCGCUGAUGGGGACCGACGCCGCCGCCGGGGCAGAGGCCAGCCCGGGGAAGCCCUUCCUGCUCCGGGCCCUGCAGAUCGCACUGGUGGUCUUUCUCUACUGGGUCACCUCCAUCUCCAUGGUGUUUCUCAACAAGUACCUGCUGGACAGCCCCUCCCUGCAGCUGAACACCCCCAUCUUCGUCACCUUCUACCAGUGCCUGGUGACCACCCUGCUGUGCAAGGGCCUCAGCGCCCUGGCCGCCUGCUGCCCGGGGGCCGUGGAGUUCCCCAGCCUGCGCCUGGACCUCAGGGUGGCCCGCAGCGUCCUGCCCCUGUCCGUGGUCUUCAUCUGCAUGAUCACCUUCAACAACCUCUGCCUGAAGUACGUGGGUGUGGCCUUCUACAACGUGGGCCGCUCCCUCACCACCGUCUUCAACGUGCUGCUCUCCUACCUGCUGCUCAAGCAGACCACCUCCUUCUAUGCCUUGCUCGCCUGCGGCAUCAUCAUCGGUGGCUUCUGGCUUGGUGUGGACCAGGAGGGGGCAGAGGGUACCCUGUCUUGGACGGGCACCCUCUUUGGCGUGCUGGCCAGCCUCUGUGUCUCGCUCAACGCCAUCUACACCAAGAAGGUGCUCCCGGCGGUGGACGGCAGCAUCUGGCGCCUGACCUUCUACAACAACGUCAACGCCUGCGUCCUCUUCCUGCCCCUGCUCCUGCUGCUGGGGGAGCUUCAGGCCCUCCUCCGCUUUGCCCAGCUGGGCAGUGCCCACUUCUGGGGCAUGAUGACGCUGGGAGGCCUGUUUGGCUUUGCCAUUGGCUACGUGACAGGACUGCAGAUCAAGUUCACCAGUCCCCUGACCCACAACGUGUCGGGCACGGCCAAGGCCUGUGCCCAGACAGUGCUGGCCGUACUCUACUACGAGGAGACCAAGAGCUUCCUCUGGUGGACGAGCAACAUGAUGGUGCUGGGGGGCUCCUCCGCCUACACCUGGGUCAGGGGCUGGGAGAUGAAGAAGGUGCAGGAGGAGCCCAGCCCCAAGGACAACGAGAAGAGCGGCGUGGGGGUGUGAGCUCCUGCGGGGACCUCGGAAUGGCCCGCCUAGGAGAACGCCCCCCCUCCCCCCCCCGGGAGAAAGCCCAUGAAUGCAGCGGAGGCCUCUCUUACCCAGAGAGAGAGACCUGGAGGGGUGUUUGCAGACUGAUCGGAAUCUGGUGGUGGAAUUGGAACCAGUGUUUUCAAGUAAUGUCGGAAAGUUGCCAAUCCUAUCUCGACCUCCUUUCCUAUUUGGGGGAAGGACCCCCAUGAGAAGAGCACAUUGGCCCUUGGGGAGUAGGAAAGUGGGGCACCCCUUCCUGCCCCAUCCUAGGGCCUUCUACCUCCACAUGACCUUUGGGGUUGAGGACAGGCCACAAGCUUUAAGGAACAUAUGGCGAAGCCAUCGAGUCUUCACUUGUGCUCAAGGAGACAGGGGUGUGACACCACCACAGGUCAACUAAGGGGUUUGGGAAACCUCACAUCUCCAGGUCCCAGGGCAGGCAGCACAGCGUUAGCCCCACAAACCAGCUUCCUCUGGAGCGAAGUGGCGGCUGGGCUGAGGGAGGAAAGGGACCAGUGUUCCCUCUUCUCUGCAGAGAGGCCACCAGGCCCCAUGGAAGGGGCGAAGGAUCAGUUGUACCUAUGCCUGGUCCUGGCACUCCCAGGGGCCACUGGGAAGUGGCCUGGGAAUGGGACACAUCAUGGAUAAGCGCCCUUUCCCCACCAUCUGCACCCCAUGUUCCCAGCUCGUGAACAUGGGGAACCACACAUCUCUUACAGGUUAAACAGGGUCAUUAGCACCCUCCCUAGCCCCUGACACCCGUUUCACUGCCUCUGUCUCCCAGCACCUGGCGGCCGCCUGGCUCAGGAAGUGGAGCCAGGAGCCACCUCUGCUUCUCCCAACUCUGCCUCCCCCAGAGCUUCUCCCCAGGAGGCUGAUGGAGCAGUGUCCCAGCUCAGUGCCUUCCACCCCAGCUGUGCUGGGCCCCCAGGUCCCUGCAGGAAGGCUUGUAACCUGCUUCUGAGCCUCUUCCCUGCAUCAGUGAACCAUGGCAUUCUUCCCUGAGGGUGGGGCCGAGAGAACCUGAUUGUCCUCUCACCACACCCCCUGGCCUCUGGCUUGCUUUCACCCCUGGCCGUUUUGUUCCACCCAACUCCUUGGGGUAUUCCCUAGAGAGUGGGUUUUCUCCACACCUUUUCCAGUCCCCCCACAAUCCCAAAUGGUUUCUAAUGAAGUUGGUGGGGCCUGAUGCCCUGAAUUGUGUGUGCAUUAAAAUUGGAGUAAGCCA